CUAACUAACGAUAUAUGGGUCGGUCAUAAAAAGCCGCUUUGAAAAAACAUGGUGAGGUAAUACUAUUACUCUGUCAACCCUAUCUUUCUCUUUCUUUUUCCAUUACCAUUCACUAGCCGUCCUUCAUACUCCAUAUUCCAUAUACUUCCAAGAUUCUUAUUCUUAAGUGGUCCUAUCAGGCGUUCGAGAAUUAGCCUCUGCAGUUGUCAGUUGUGUCAAUAUCUGUGUUAUUUGUAGAAGUUUUUCCGUUUACAAUACACCCGUCAUCUUUUUAAAUCUUUCUUGACUUUGGUCCUUACACUCUAACAAAGUGUACAAAAAAAUACAAAUAAGGGUUUGUUGUUUGGUUGAUUUUUGCCGUGUGGUUCUAUCUGACUCGAGGAUUUUGCGUGUGGACGAAUUUUAGUUUACACACAAAAAAAAAAAACUCUUGUCCCUCCCUUCUCUCUCUCUCUCUCUCUCUCCCCUUUUUAAAUAUCCCUCUAUUGCUACAACACACUUGCAAAGUGCAAAAACAAAAAUCACAAGAUUUUGUUAGUGUUUAUACACAAAAGAACACACAACUCUUUUCUCUGUCCCUAGUUGUGUCUUAUAUGCUAUUCACACACCAUGUGCCAGUUAUCAUCAUCAUCAUCAACCUCUGUCUCCACUUUCUGUGAAACCAAUAACAACCAAACAAAUAGUAUAUCCACAACCAAAAUCAAAACACACAAAAUCAAACCUGACAUGUUAUCACCAUUGAUCCCUAAAUCCCCAACAAUAUUCAAACAAGACCAACCAAAAAAAUCCCAUUUUUCUCUUGCUCUAAAUGAAGCCAAACACAUUGCAAACAUAGCAUUACCUAUGGUGUUAACAGGUUUAUUACUUUACUCUCGUUCCAUUAUUUCCAUGUUGUUUCUCGGUCGCGUUGGUGAACUCGCUUUAGCAGGCGGUUCACUUGCGAUCGGGUUUGCUAACAUCACCGGUUACUCUAUUCUUUCUGGUCUUGCUAUGGGAAUGGAACCUAUUUGUGGUCAAGCUUUUGGUGCUAAAAGAUUCAAACUUCUUGGUCUUACAAUGCAAAGAACAAUGAUUCUUCUUCUAUUAACUUCAAUUUUGAUUUCAUUCUUGUGGCUUAACAUGAAAAGAAUAUUGCUUUUCUGUGGUCAACAAGAAGAUAUAGCAAAUGUUGCACAAUCUUACAUUCUUUAUUCUCUUCCUGAUCUUGUAGCACAAUCAUUGCUACACCCUUUAAGAAUCUAUCUUCGAAGUCAAUCGAUAACGCUUCCUUUAACAUAUAGUGCUACUCUUUCUAUUCUUCUUCAUGUUCCUAUCAAUUAUUUUCUUGUGGAUUUUCUUCAAUUAGGAAUCAAAGGAAUUGCUUUAGGUUCCGUUUGGACGAAUUUCAACCUCGUUGUUUCGUUGAUUAUUUACAUUUGGGUUUCUGGAACACAUAAGAAAACAUGGAAUGGUUUUUCAUCUGCUUGUUUUAAAGGAUGGAAAUCGCUUUUGAAUUUGGCGAUUCCAAGCUGCAUUUCGGUUUGUCUCGAAUGGUGGUGGUAUGAAAUCAUGAUUUUGAUUUGUGGUUUAUUGAUUAAUCCACAAGCAACUGUUGCAUCAAUGGGUGUUUUGAUUCAAACAACUGCAUUGAUAUACAUUUUUCCAUCUUCUUUGAGUUUUGGUGUUUCAACAAGAGUUGGAAAUGAACUUGGUGCUGAAAAUCCACAAAAAGCAAAACUUGCAGCAAUAGUUGGACUCUGUUUCAGUUUUGUUUUAGGUUUCUCUGCUUUGUUCUUUGCGAUUUCAGUUCGAAACAUUUGGGCUUCAAUGUUCACAAGUGAUCCUCAAAUCAUUGCUUUAACUUCAAUGGUGUUACCUAUCAUAGGACUUUGUGAGCUUGGAAAUUGUCCGCAAACAACGGUUUGUGGUGUAUUGAGGGGAACCGCGAGGCCUAAAUUAGGCGCAAAUAUAAAUUUAGGUUGUUUUUAUCUGGUGGGAAUGCCGGUCGCAGUUUGGUUGAGUUUCUUUGCUGGAUUUGAUUUCAAAGGUUUAUGGUUUGGUCUUUUGGCUGCUCAAGGUUCAUGUAUGGUGACAAUGUUGUUUGUUUUGCUUCGGACAAAUUGGGAAAAUCAAGUAGAAAGAGCUAAGGAGUUAACAUCAUCAGAUUCAAGUGAAGAAGAACAAGAAGAAGAGAAAGGGUUGGUGAGUUCAUCUUGUGACACAAAAGAGUCUUCUGAUUCAUUAGUUUGAUUGAGGAUUAAUUUUUUUUUUCUUUUAAAUAUUUUAUUACAUUGAGGAUUUAUUUUUAAAUGAUGAUCAAAUUCAUUCUUUCUAGAUUUUUUUUACCAUUUUUUCUUAAUUGUAAGCUAAUUGAGGAUUGAGGAGAAGUUAAUGAGGAAUAGAUUUGAGGUUACAAGGAUUAACCUAAAGAUUUGAACAUGUAUGUAUGCUUGAGUGAGGAGUGAAAAUUAACCAACUUCAGAGAUUUUUGGCUUAUCUCAUGGCUGAACUCUGGAUUAUUAGGUCUUCAAAUCUCCUUUCUUCUGGGAAUCUGAGGGACCAUAUUGAAAUCUUUGCAAUCAACACCCUAUACAUUUUGAUUAUUGAAAA